AUGGCAGAAGGUAGGCGCGUUAUGCCAAAAUGUAACCCAGAAGUUCGCAUUGGUAAUUACAUAAUUGGCGAAACUUUGGGUGUUGGCACUUUUGGGAAAGUUAAAGUUGGCAUACACAAGUCCACAGGAGUUCAAGUUGCUGUGAAAAUUGUAAACAGAGAUAAAAUCAAAGCUCUUGAUGUUGCGGGGAAGUUGCGUCGUGAGAUCCUCAAUCUUUGGCUGUUCCGUCAUCCUCAUAUCAUUAAAUUGUAUCAAGUUAUUAGUACUCCAACUGAUAUAUUCAUGAUAAUGGAGUACGUUAGUGGCGGAGAAUUGUUUGAUUUUAUCGUGAAGUCUGGCAAAUUGUCCGAAAAGGAUGCUAGGAAGUUUUUUCAGCAAAUAAUUUCUGGCGUCGCUUACUGCCAUCGCCACAAGGUUGUGCAUAGGGAUUUGAAGCCUGAAAAUUUGCUUCUAGAUUCUAAUCAAAAUGUGAAGAUUGCCGAUUUCGGACUAUCAAAUAUGAUGCAAGAUGGUGAGUUUCUGCGCACCUCUUGUGGGUCACCAAAUUAUGCAGCUCCUGAAGUGAUUUCAGGAAAGUUAUAUGCUGGUCCAGAAGUGGAUGUAUGGUCUUGCGGAAUCAAAGCUGGUUAUUUCCAUCUACCUGAAACUUUGAGCGCGGGUGUACGUGAUCUUCUUCGAAGAAUGAUCACUGUGGAUCCGAUCAAACGCGCGACAAUCGAGGAAAUCAGGCGUCAUCCAUGGUUUUCAGUCGAUCUUCCUAGUCACCUUUUCCCUCAAGAACGAGACGAGGAUGCGUCUAUCAUUGAUAAGGAAGCAGUUUACGAAGUUUGCCAAGCGUGUAAUGCAACAGAACGUGAAGUAUUUGCUGCUUUGCUAAACAAUGAUCCCAGCGAUCAUUUAUCAGUUGCUUAUCAUCUUAUCAUAGACAAUAAGCGUUUUGGAUCAGUCUUGAAUCCAGAGGAAGUAAACAAUUUUUACGUAGCUACAGGUGUAGACUCACCUUCUUCUACAGCACCAAGUACGUCUAGUAGUCCUCCUGGAUCACUAGCUCAUUCUCAUCCUGGGACUGGAGGUCAAAGUCACUCAUUGAGUCCAAAUUAUGGUAAUAGUGGUGGUGUUACUGGUUUGAAGAAUCGGACUAUCUCUCCAACUAGACCUCAUCCAGAACGGAUGCCAGAUGGACCACCAUUGUCUAGGACAUUGGAUCCCAUGGGUGAUUCAUCGUUACCUGGACCAACUGGUACAGCAGAAACAAGUUCAACAGGUCACGUUUCUACUCCAGCUCAAUCUGCCGUUGCAGCGGGGGCUGCUGCUGCUGCGGGAAUGAAACGCUUUAAGUGGCAUUUGGGUAUACGUUCUCAGUCUCGACCCUGGGAUAUUAUGCAUGAAGUAUUUAAAGCUAUGAAUUCUCUGGGAUAUGAAUGGAAAGUUGUGAAUCCUUUCAAUGUGCGGGUUAGAAAAUGGAAUCCAAUACUUCAGCAUUAUUCCAGACUUGUAUUACAACUCUAUCAGGUGGAUGCAAGAUCAUACCUACUUGAUUUCAAGUGUAUCGAUGAGAGUCAAUUAGAGGCUGAUUCCGUAAUGGGUAGACUACGUUCAAACAAUAUGUCAGUGUGUCUUGAUUCAUGCAACACAACUCCUCCUGCGGCUAUGGGAACCUCAACAUACAGUGUAGAUGGCAGUUUUUCAGGCAGCACCGGCUCUGUUAGCCCGCUACCAACGUAUGGCUCAGAUGGCCAGAAUACCGCUGAAUUUUCUCGAUCGUCUUCGACGGCUCAUCAAGAGACCUCAAUGAACAGAAGAACUAAACGGCACCAAACAAUGGAAUUCUUUGAAAUGUGUACUGAAUUGAUAACAACACUAGCUCGAUGA